AUGCAGGCGCGCUACUCCGUGUCCAGCCCCAACUCCCUCGGAGUAGUGCCUUACAUCAGCAGUGAGCAGAGCUACUACCGGCCCGGCGGAGGAGGCUACACGGGGAUGCCUGCUCCUAUGACCAUGUACUCUCAUGAGCAGUACCCGGCCGGCAUGGCCCGCGCCUACGGCCCCUACACGCCGCAGCACCACCAGCCCAAAGACAUGGUGAAGCCUCCGUACAGCUACAUCGCGCUGAUCACGAUGGCCAUUCAGAACUCUGCCGAGAAGAAGGUCACACUGAACGGCAUCUACCAGUUCAUUAUGGAACGUUUUCCGUUUUACCGGGACAACAAGCAGGGCUGGCAGAACUCCAUCCGCCACAACCUCAGCCUGAACGAGUGCUUCGUCAAAGUGCCGCGGGAUGACAAGAAACCGGGCAAAGGCAGCUACUGGACACUGGACCCGGACUCGUACAAUAUGUUUGAGAACGGGAGCUUCCUGAGACGCAGACGGAGGUUCAAAAAGAAGGACGUGGUGCGCGAUAAGGAAGAACGAGAUUCGCGGCAGAAGGAGCCGCGGAGCCAGGGCCAGGAGGUGCAGGGUUCACAGCCCGUCCGCGUCCAGGACAUUAAGACUGAGAAUGGGACCUGCACCCCCCCGCAGGCCACGUCCCCAGCGCUACACGCGGUGCCAAAGACCGAGAGCCCCGACAGCUCCAGCUCCAGCGGCGCGUCAUCAGGCAGCCCAUGCACGCGCUCGCUUGGCCUGGACGAGCACGUGCACAGCCAGGCCCCGGGACAGGGCUUUUCUGUGGACAACAUCAUGACCUCACUGCGAGGCUCCCCUCACGGAGACAUGUCCCCGCCGCUCGUAGCGUCCUCACGCACAGGUCUGCCGCUGUCCCUGAGCUACUCUCCGGGACAGACGUACAGCUCCGCGCCGUGUGCGCAGAACGUCAUUACGAACUCUAGUAACGGCACGUACCACUGCAACAUGCAGGCGAUGAGCCUUUACGCAGGCGUGGAGCGCGCUGCCAGCAUCCCCCCGUCCACGGCUCUGGACGAGGCCUUACCAGAGUACUGCGUCACCACCACGGCCAGCAGCAGCCCCAGCAGUCUGAGCCAGGACCACCACCCGCACCACGCGCACCAGGGCCGGAUCACGUCCUGGUACGGGGACCUGGGCCACCUGAGCUAUCCGAGCUCACAGCAGCAGAACUUCCACGCGAUGAACGGGAGUAACAGCUGCCAAAUGGGCUUCCCCGGCCCCGGACAGUCUCUGUACCGUGCACCGGGGGCCUUCGUCUAUGACUGCAGCAAGUUCUGA